ACAGGUGCCAUUGUCCAAGGUAGCGCUGGUGGACACAUUGUCAGUGGCUGUGAAGGGCAACAAGCGGCAGGCUCUACGUGUGUCUGCCACGGCCAACGCCUGUGUCGUGGUGGUGGGCACGCUCAAGGGUAUGGUAGCUCGCAAGGCUAAGGAGGAAGACGCAGAGACGCUCAGACGUAUCCAGGCACUUGUUCAGAGCUUCGUUGCUAGUGACCUGUCCAACCCGGCUUUCAAGCGAGCGUCAGCUGAGGCCCUGGGCCUGCUGGCUCGCCUGGGGGACGACCUCUUUGCCGCACGCCUGAUCCGGUCACUGCUGGCAGAGGGAGAGGCGGCCUCAGACCCUUCCACCAGGGCAGCUGUUGCUCUUGCUUUCGGUUCAGUGCUCCGCAGUGUGGGCGGCAUAGCCCUGUCGUCCUUUGUGUCGCCAGUCGUGCAGUUCCUCAUGGCGAUGGCACGCGCGCCAGGCGAGCACCUGGGGCACAUCUGGGCACUGCACGCGCUCUGGCUCACUGCGGACGCCGCUGGCCUCUCCUACACGCCUCACGUGCAGGCCACCUUGUCGCUGCUCAUGGACGUGCUGCUGUCAGACGACCACGUGGCUGCGGGCCUGCCGCAGAGCGUGGCUCGCCUCGUCAAUGCCCUCGUGGCCGUCUUUGGCCCAGAGCUGCUCCCAGGAUCCACCGUCUUCUACCGCUGCAAGUGCAUCCUGGAUGAUAUCAGCCAGAGAAACGACCCUGCUGCUCAGCUGGAGUGUGUGCUGUACACGCAGCAGCUGGUGCUCUUCGCCCCGCAAGCCAUGCCGCUGCACCACCACGUUACCACCCUCCGUGCCACUCUCACUUCUCGCCAGCCCAGUCUGCGGUAUGCUGCCAUUUCCACACUGCGCCACAUGUGUGAGAGGGAGCCGGCGGCCAUGGUGACAGAGCAGAUUGAGGAGGAUCUCUUCUCCAUGCUCGACAACGAGACAGACCCCAGGGUCAUAUCCGGUGUGUGCAUGGCUCUGGAGCGGCUGCUAGAGGCUGCAUGCCCCACCUACCCCAGUCGAUGGCUGCGCCUCUGCAAAAACGUGGUGCUAGCUGCUUCUGCCACGAGGCGAGCAGGCGAGGCAAAGGAAACAGCAGGGGAGGGGCGGAAGGGGGAAGGGGGGGAGGACGACGAGGACGACGAGACUAUGGUGGCAGCAGGGGGGGAUGGGGCGCGCACAGGGGGGGCAGCAGGGGCAGGGGCAGGGGCAGGCGGAGGGGGGAAAGGGGGCGGAGGCGUGGGGAUAGGCGGAGGGACGCCGAUUGGGGGUGUGGGUGGGGGUGGUGGAGGGGCAGUGCAGAGGGGCGUGGAUCAGCUGCCAAGGUUUCGGACUCGGGUGUUUGCUGCCAAGUGUCUCUCCCGGCUGCCCUACAUGGUGGGCGCUGACCCCGCUCACUUUGACAUCAUGCUAGCCAAGCAGGAGGUGGAGCGGAGAAAGCAGGCAGCGAGGGACAGUGGGGGCGCGGGCAGCUCGCAGCAGACGGACUGGCUCGUGCUGCAUCUCGGUGACCUCGUGGCUGUGGCCUUCCAGAUGGCAACGGGAAGCAUGGAGAGUGUUCGGCCCAUGGGGGUGGCCCUCCUGGGUACCAUUCUGGACAAGUUCGGGAGCACGGAGGAUCCUGACUUCGAGGGCCACAUUCUCCUUGAGCAGUACCAGGCGCAAUACGUGUCCACAGUGCGCACAGCCAUGGAUGCCGCCAACAACCCGCUCCUGCUGCUGGCAGGUGCCAGGCUGGCAGACAAGGUUGUGAGUGGCAGGCUGCGAGGGUCGGACGAAUCGGUGGUGCCACGCGUCAUGACCCUACUGGCCACGCCUCUCAGCAAGUGGGACGCCCUCGGCAACUGGUCCUAUGCAGAAUGGGUUGGUUUCAAGGUGAAGGUGGAGCUAGUAGUGCGCCAGGCGCGGCUCAAGUCCCUCACUCUCUCUGCCUACGACGCGCAGCUCGCCGCAGCCGGCGCCGCAGGCACGGCAUCCACCCCCGAGGCCGGCUACGACUCUGAAGACGAGCACUUUGAGUCUGACACGCGCCUUGCCGCCCUGCGCAAGGUUCGGUCCGCAGUGGAGCAGACUCCGGACCUGGUCGUCUCGCACUGGGUGUCUCUGCUUCGAGAUUACCUUGCUGCGUUCUCCCUCGAGCCGAACGUUCAGGCGGUGUAUCGGUCCGCGUAUGCCGCUGAGAUGUCCCCGUCCAUGGUGCCGCUGAUUAGACGGUAUCUCCUGGCAUCGUUCCCGGUGGUCCUGGAUGCUGUUACGCUAGGGAUCAAGCCCAAUCUCUCUGCCGCAGCUGAAGCAGCCGCGGCAGCUGCAGCGGCUGCUGCUGCUGCGGCGGCUGCAGAUGCCGAGGCUGCUGCAGCAGCGGCAGCAGCGGGUUCUGGGGUGGCGAUGCUAGCGCCUGUCUUUGCGGUUGGGCCAAGCAUGGUGGCGUCUAGAGGCCCCCCUAGCGCCUCCUCGUAUGGUGGGGUCGAUCCCAAGCAGUUCCACCAGCUAUGGGCCACUUGCAUGUUUGCCAUCUGCCAUCCUGGGGGGGACAGGACCGCUGGGGCUGGUUCAGGGGAAAAUGGAGGGGCAGAGGGAUCCAACAGACCAUCGGUGGAUGGGCAGCAGCAGCUGGGGCAGAUGCAAGAGCAGCAGGGGGGGCAGGAGCAGGAGGGGCAGGAGGAGCAGGAGCAGGGAGGGGAGGUGGUGAUCGGGGAUUUUCUGGAAGCAGAAGGGUCGUGGGGCAGCAAGGGAGGCAGGGAGGCCUCUUUGGGGGAGGGCAGGAGCAUGGCGCUGCAGGCUCUAGGGCGGUUGAUGCAGCGAGAGUUAUUUGGGGGUGACUUUAUCGAAGCAGAGGAUUGCGUGGAGCUGCUGCAGGUCAUUGCAUUGAUCAUGGAGGAAGGAGACACUGCGCUCAAGGCACAGGCCCUGGAUGUAUUGACCAAGUUCAUGGCCUGUGCACCAGACUCCAUUGUCUCGGAUUUGGAGAUUGUCUCUGCUGCACUGGCUGCAUGCCUGCACCUCAUUCACUCCACCCUGCGCUGUGCCACUGACAGCCCCAGCGCACCCGCUGCAUCGCUGUCACCAGCCGAGGCAUCUCUUCUCAUCUCAGCUCUCAAGCUCGCAAACUCCAUUGCCCCGCGUCUCUCCUCCCAGGGCAAGGCUCUGCUGCUGCCGAAUAUCAUGACCACCUGCCUGCGCCUGCUGCGCUCCGCCCCACUCUCCGACUCCUCCUCCUUCGACAACACCGCCGACUCUCUCACUCCUGCAGCAGCAGCAACAGGAGGGGGAGGGGCAGGGGGAGCAGGGGUGGAGGAAGGGUGGGCUGCCGUGCUUGCAGAAGCCACGCUCACAGCCAUUGCUGCGGCCCGCAUUGGCUCCUGUGCCGAUCCUACGGCCUCUUUGGGCGAGGUGACUCUGUGGUCGGGGCAGCGUGCCACUGUGGUGGCGGCACUGCUGGAAGGCGCUGCUCAAAUCGUGGACCGCCACCUGCGCACCCAGGAUUCAAAGGGAUCAGCAGGGAGGUCGUCAGAUGCAGUGGAAGCAGGGAGCAGCUGUGAUGGCAGCACGGGUGCUGUGGGUGGCACUCCUGGCGAGGGGGGUAGAGUGGACGGGGAGGAGGGAGGUGAUGGGAGCAAGGGGGAGGGGGAAGAAGAAGCUAAGGAGCUGGUGGAGGGAGGGGAGAAGUCGACAGGUGAGGAGGGUGAGGAGGGGAGGGAAGGGAAAGCAGAUGGUGAGACGAUGGAAGGUGGUGGAGAUGCGGUGAAGGCAGCAGGUGCUGCUGAUAGUGCUGGGGAGGAAGGACCAGCAGCACCAACAGCAGCAGCAGAAGCUUCCGGCAGCUUUCCUGACACGUCCUCCACUGUCCUUGACAGCAUCGGGGAUGCCGACGUGGCCUUCUCGUCCCUGUCGCCACCGUCGUCCCCGUCAGCGCCACGUGGCGGGUUUGCCGAGCCCGAAGGCGCUCCAAGUGCCACGCGUGCGCUGCAUGCGCUGUCGCUGCUCGCCGCCCUGCCGCCCCUGGUGUCAGGCGCAGGGGGAGAUUACUUUGCCAUCCAGCUUGCAGAGAGUGGCACGGCUCGAUGCCUGGGUGCUUUUGAAACAGCGUUCGCUUCCAAGUCACGGCAGCUGCGCAUGGCGGUGAUAGGAGCGCUCAAGGUGCUGCUGCAGCAGGGGCUGCCAAAGGCGCUGGCAGCAGCAGCAGGAGGAGAGGGAGAGAGCGAUGGUGCUUCGGACAAUAGCAGCAGCACGAGGAGGCAGGCGGCUGUGAUGUGGUGGCCCAUGCAGCUCAUGCUCACCCUCACUCCUGCCGUUCUCUCAGUUAUAGAGACCUCUUCUAAGGAGCUGCAAACCCCCCAGGCGGCCAACGAGGUGAUGGAGGCGCUGAAGCUCUUCCUGCUGCUGCUCUCUACCAUUCCGGCUCCCGACGCCAAAGCAGCGACAGCAGCAGCAGCGAGUGGGGAGCGGCAGCAGGCGGUGCUGGAGUUGCUGCUGGUGACGGCUAUCAUGGCUGGCUCCAUGGCACAGCCGGCAGGAGGGGAGGGCCAGCAGCAGAGCCCGUCACAGGCGGCGGUGAUAGGGAUGUCAGUGAAGCUCAUCACGCACCUCGCCACCGCCUUCCCCUCCAACCUGCAAGCUGCCACUGCUGCCCUCCCGCCUGCCACCAAGCUACAGCUGCAGACCGUUAUCAAGUCUUCUGUCCAACAGACCCAGCAGCGCCGCAUCUCCUCCUCCUCUACUCCUCUCGCCCCGCCGCCUCUCCCCGCUGUCAAUUCCCCAUCCCUCCCUCCUCCUUCCUCCACCACCACCACCUCCACCCCUCCUCCCAUCUCUCUCCCCUCAAUCGGCCCAUCCAAGGGCUUCCUGGCACCCCCCCCUCUCUCCUCCUCCUCCGGCUCCCCCUUCCAGCCUCCUCCCCUCACCCAGCUUUCCACCUCUCGCCUCUCUACCUCCUCCACUGGCUCAGACUCCAUUACCACUACCACUGCUACCACCACAGCUGCUGCUGCUGCUGCUGCUGCUGAGGCUGCCGCUGCUGGUGGUGGUGCGGCAUCAGUUCCUGCUCUCACGAGCACUGACACAAGCAGUGGUCUUGGUAACGCGGACGAUUUCGGUUUCGAUGACGACGAUGAUGAUGAGUGGGCUGAGUUCCAAUCCAUUCGUUCCUCCACCACCUCUACCUCCACCACCGCCACCACCACAGCUCCCCCCAGCGCACGUCCCUCUACCACUGACGACGCUGCUGAGGGUCAGGCUUUGCCAGAAGAGGCCCGUUUUUCUGGGGAGGAUAAGGCAGGGCGGGGUGAAGCAGAGGCUUCGGCGCGCGAGAGUGGUGUAAGCAGUGCUGCAGCAGGCUCGCUUGAUGAGGGUGAUGAUGAUGACUUCUCUGAUUUCUCCUCUGCGCCACCUACUACCACCAUCCAGCCAGCAACCACUGCAGCAGCAGCAGGUGCUGCUGAGCCUCCAACAGAGGCAGCAUCAGAUGCGGCAGCAGAGGCACUAGCAGUAGAGGCAGCGCCUGCAACGGCAGCAGCAGUGGAGAGUGCAUCUGCAGAGGUAGGAGGUGGUAGCAGUGGUGGUGCAGAGGCAGCUGUAGAUGACAGCAACUGGGGUGAUUUCGAGGACUCCUUUGCCGCUGCUCCUGCUGCUGCUCCUGCUGCUGCUCCUGCUGCUCCCGCUGCCCCAGCAGCAGCUCAGGAACAGGAUUCGAGACCUGUGGCAGAAGCACAAGAACCAGCACAGGCACCAGCAGCAGCAGUGGCAACAGCAGCUGAAGCGAAGUCAGCAGAUGCUGCUGUUGAUGAAGGUCUUGUGCAAGUCAGGUUUACGACAGGUGGAGGUGGUGUAGAGGAGGCAGUAGCGCCAUCAGCCGACUUUGCCAAUGGUGUCAUUGCAGGAGCUUUGAUAGAGGAAUCGUCCGAACCUGCUGCAGUUUCAGUGGGCGGAGGAGUCGCGGACACAUCCGCACCAGCAGCAGCAGUUGCGGUGGCUGCGAUGGUUGCAGAUGCAUCAGCUGCUGUGGAUGAUGAUGGCGAUGACUGGGAUGACUUCCAGGCUGUUGAUUUAUCCUCCCAGGCACCAGCAGCAGCACCAGUACCAGCAGUAGCAGGAGAAGCUGAUCCCUUUGACGACUUCCUGUCCGCUCCUGCUGCUGCUCCUCCAGUUGCACUUGCUGCAGGUACUGCUCAAGGGCUAUCCGAUGACCCAUUAUCCAUGGAUAUGUUCCAGUCAGCACCACCUACUGCUGAGUCUCCUGCCGAGUCAACAGCAUCGCCUGCUGUGUCAACACCACUUCCUGCUCAGCCAGCAGCACCCAUCAGCAGUAAAUCUCCUCUUGCGUCUGAUUCUGGUCUUUCGGCCUUUGAGUCUCUUACAGCAGCACCAGCCCUGGACCCAGUUAAGGAGGACCAGAAAGGAGAUCCGUUCGCAGACUUUGCCUUGCCAUCUCUUGCACCUGCUGUACAUGCUGCACCUACUGCAUCUGCUGUGCCUGCUGCGCCCGCUGUUGCUUCUGAGGCUGCAGCAGAUGUGAAGGCAGUGACAGAUGCUGCUGUUGGGGCAGCUGGUUCUGCAACAGAGGCGAUUGCGUCACCUGAUGCCGCAGCCAAUGGCACAUCAGCAGUUUCUUCUGAUGGUGCUGGUGCUGGUUCUGGUGAUGGUGCUGGUGCUGGUGCUGGUGCUGGUGCUGCCCCCGUUGCGCCUGCAGAUGGUGCGGCUGCCACCAUUCGUGCUAAUGCGAGUGUGGAGAGCUUCUAUGAUUGUGACCGUCUCGAUGUUGAGGAUGUGGGGGAUGAAGAGGAAGAGGGAGAGAAGACAGGAGGCUUUGUGGAUGAUGAUGAUGAUUGGUAUUGAUAUGAAUUCGGUAGGUUUGGCUGGAAACAUGCACGACUGGAUGUAGUCUUUCGCACUAAAUGUACCACCAGUGCUGUAAGUUUUAUAGUCUCUUAAAAUGCU